AUGGCUGCGUCGACUCGCAAGACAGUUGAGUUGUUCUAUGAUGUUGUAUCACCGUACUCCUGGAUAGCUUUUGAGGUGAUGUGUCGGUAUCGAACUAAGUGGAAUAUUGACCUAAAGUUAAAACCAUUCUUUCUAGGUGGAAUAAUGUCCGGGGCAGAUAACAAGCCACCAGGCUUAGUUCCAGCAAAAGCCAAAUACAUGUUAAAACAUGACCUCUCUCGUCUUGGGAACUACUACAGUAUUCCAAUAAUUCCCCCAUCUAAUCCUGCUGAGGUAAUGUUUGUCAAAGGGACAUUGAUGCCACAACGAUUCCUUACUGCUGUUGACAUGCAGCAGCCAGAACUAGUGGAGGAUCUGUCACGGCAGUUCUGGAUGAGAGCAUGGAAUAAGGAUCAAGGAAUUUCUGAUGAAGAAGGCAUCAGAGAGACAUGUAAAGAUAUUAGUUUCCCGAAGGAUUUAAUGGAAGACUGUCUUAAGAAGACGAAAGACCAAACUGUGAAAGAUAGACUGAAACAGUUCACCACAGAGGCCCUCGAUUUAGGGGCUUUUGGGUCUCCCACUAUUGUGGCUCAUGUCAACAACAAACGGGAAAUGGUCUUCGGAUCAGACAGAUUUCUAAUAUUGGCCAGUAUAUUGAAUGAAGAAUGGUUGGGACCGCUAAAGGAACUCUCUAAAGCAAAGUUGUAGUAGGGUCAUUUGACAAUUUUACAUUUGUAAUUAAGAUAAUAUGCCUGAUGUGUUAGUGACGUCAUAUUUUCAUCAAUCGGGUAAACAAUUUUAUUGAAUAUAUUGUGAUUUGUAUUAACAAAUGUUUUUUCGUAGUUAAUGAUUUACAUGAUAAAUGAUUAACGCUAUAUACACUUUGUAAAUGAUUAAAGAUAUAUUUUUGACAAA